UCACAAAAAAUCAGAUUGGCAACAGCAAUAGCCGUCAUAAGAAGUAAACCAAAAAAUCUAAACACAUUAGAAUAUAUCGAGAAAUUAAGAAAAACUAUCGCCCCUAUGAGCUAUGAUAGUGACGUUACGAUCUGUAGCGAUGAUUUUGAUUUUGAAGAUAGCACUAGUGUACACGUUUCUCAUAAUAUAGAUGAUGAAACUAAGAAUAUUGGAUCUAAUGCUCCUAAUAAAGAUAAAUACAUUGAUACCAAAUAUAUAGAAGUCAAUACGAAUCAAAAUGGCAUAACUCACGAUGAACAAGUCAUUCAUAACAAUAAUAAAGAUUACAAUGACAAUAGCAGAUAUGUAGAUGUUAAUAUGAAUCAAAAUGGCGUAACUCGCGAUGACCGAGUCAUUCACGUCAUUGAAGAACGUAUCGCCAUUGAUAUUGAGCCUCAAAAGACAAAUAGUAGUGUAGUAAAUUGCGAUAAAAGUAAUAAAGGUAUCGAUUUUGUUGGAAUACUACAAGAAUUGAAGGAACUUAGAUCAGAAUUGGAUAAGCCAAUACCAUGUCGUAACUUAGACAAUGCACAGACCCAAAAUGAUAUUGAUGAUGACUCCGAUGCUACGUAUUGCGAAACAUUACCUAACACACAGACAAUGCUAAAUAAAACAUUAGAAGAAACCCAGAUUUACUCUAUAAGCGAUUUUACGCCAUUCUACACCCAUUACAGUGAAAGUCAGAUGCAAAAUGUAGCUGUAGACCCAAAAUUAAUUUAUAAAAAUCAAAAGGCAGAAUCUAAAAAACAAGUACAAAUUUUACAAAAUACAGAAUGCUUAAACGAUGGAGAUUUUAAUGAGUAUAACACAGACUUAGAUAAUGUAACUGGUUUAGGAACAAAUAUGACUUUCUCUCAAAAUGCACAAAAUAGUGAAUCAUCAAUACAUGUAAAUCAAUAUAAUGCAAGCGAAGAUAAUAUAUUAAAACCAGAACCAAAUAACAUUAGUAAAAUUGACACUUUUGCCACACACUUAAAUAGUUAUGUUCAUAAUUCAACUUUGGAAAAACACUCAAAUAGUUUUGACAAUGUCGCAAAUUAUUAUACAUUAGAUACAAAUAUGAAUGACGGAAACAUUAAUGACAAUAUUACAAUCAUUAAACACAAUAAUAAAAUAAGCUCUAUUUUUGAAAAUAAAAACGACGCAAUUAUUACCAAUGACAAAGCUACAAAUGACGCAAUGACGAAUGGCAAUUCUCAAAUUGUCGCAAAUGAUAUUGACAUUGACUCAAAUGAGUCAGAUGAUAUGACCGACUCGCAAAGAGAGAUAGUUCCUUUCAAAGUGAUCGAGGAAUUGAACAAAAUAAAGGCUUAUUUGAAAAAACGGAAUGAUAGAAGGACCAGUGUUGACGGUUCGUCCGAUUCGGGAUACCGGAGCGACAGCCAGGGCCGAAGUUCUAGAACAUCGACAUAUUCUAGUACGUCUAUAAACCAAUCAGCCCAUAGUUUACUUACAUAUAUUAUAUGUUGUUCUCUCACAACGAAUACAUAUGAAAUAACGAGAGAAGUUUCUCGGACUCUAGGGUCCCUGAUUGACAAAUUACAUGAAGAUGAAACGUACCCACCCUUCUUAGAGAUUCUUCUAGAAACUAUAACAGAGUUAUUGAGAAGUAUUUAUGAAGAUGAAUGCAGUAAUGUGUUACUAACGAAAGACGAGAAAAUCCAAAGAGUAUUACUGCUAAACAAAUCCGCACACAUCCAAAAAUAUACCAUAGAUAAAAUAACGAACAUACUAGAAUCCAUAGACGCGGAGGCCAACGAAAUAAACCAUACAGCCAAAAUGGAGAACUUGUGUUACAUAUUCCAUAUUUUAGAGAUAAUAUUAUCUAAAUAUAAAGUGGAGAAUAAUUCGCAAUCGCAAGAUUCGCAGGAAAAAGUUUUGAAAAGAAGUUCAAUAACAGACAUUUGGAGGAAAAAAUGGAAUUUGACAAAAGAAAUUAUAAUUGACAAUGUUGAGAAGAAAUACGACUUGACAAAAUGCAGUGAAGUUUUGAAUAAAAUGAUAGUCAAUUGUAUGGAAGGGUACAGUCUCAUAUCCUUCGUUGCUUUGAAAUGUUUCAACUUGCUGCAACCUUAA